UGCAGUGCAGGGGGGGUGACGGUUGUGCUACAGUGAAGGUGCGUGUGUGGAACACCUGUGCAAGACUGAAGGGGAGGAGCUGGUACACCUGUGCAUGACUGAAGGGGAGGAGCCGGUACAUCUGUGCAAGACUGAAGGGGAGGAGUCGGUACACCUGUGCAUGACUGAAGGGGAGGAGUCGGUACACCUGUGCAUGACUGAAGGGGAGGAGCCGGUACACCUGUGCAAGACUGAAGGGGAGGAGCCGGGACACCUGUGCAAGACUGAAGGGGAGGAGCCGAUACACCUGUGCAGGACUGAAGGGGAGGAGCUGGUACACCUGUGCAGGACUGAAGGGGAGGAGUUGGUACACCUGUGCAAGACUGGAGGGGAGGAGCCGGAACAUCUGUGCAAGACU